AUGCGUGAGCCCGUUUACAAGGCGUGGACCGCCGUCUAUAAUUGCAAACUGGACGAAAUGAAGUAUCCGCUGCAAGACUACGCCAACCUCGGUGAAUUCUUUUCGCGCCCAUUGAAACAGAGCGUUCGUCCGUUUGACACGGCCCCUGGUCAUCUCGCCAGUCCGGUGGACGGAACAGUGACCUCCAUCGGUGUAGUGAACGACUCGGCCAAUGUUCUAACACUGGAGCAAAUCAAGCGCGCACGCUAUCGACUCGAUGAGUUCCUCGGCGAUCUCCCUUCGUUCUUCACCAACAAGACUUCUGCUUCGAAGGGCAAGAAAAUGUUCCAUUGCGUCUUGUACCUGGCGCCUGGCGACUACCAUCGCAUUCACGCACCGGUGGAUUGGCAGGUGGAAGAGCGUCGCCACUUCCCCGGGAACCUCUUUCCUGUCAACAAGACCGCUGCCCGACUGAUCCCGAGUCUAUUCGUGGAGAACGAACGCGUUGCACUGUUGGGUGAAUGGGAGCAUGGUUUCUUCUCGCUUACUGCUGUAGGCGCCACCAACGUGGGUUCCAUUGUCAUCACGAAGGAACCGGAAUUCCGUACCAACACAGCAUUGCAGGAUCCGCUGAUGGGCCACUGCAUAACGAAGAACUAUGGUGGUAAGGUAGACACAGCGCGUGGGGAGGAGAUGGCACAGUUUAAGUUGGGCUCCACAGUUGUGCUGGUUUUUGAGGCUCCUGAGUCGUUCCAGUUUACGAUUAAACCGGGCGACAAGGUGAGUUACGGUAGCUGCUCAGGAGGAGAAGAUGAAGCAUUUUUCGAGGUCUUCUGGCUGCUACACGGACAUAUCUACAACGAAGCACUAGUGAGUGUACUACCGUCCGCUGCGGGUGUCCAGCUCCUCCAGUGGAGGAUCCACGUCGCUGUCAACGUCAGAGGGAAUGUCCACAACCUGUGGUAG